AUGGGCUAUUUCAUAGUUUUGAUGUCUUCACUAUUAUUCUGUAAUGUCGAAAAUAGUAAAAAAAUGAAGAAAAACCCUUGAAUGAGAAGGUGUGUCCAAACUUUUGACUAGUACUGUAUAUGUAAUAAAAGUAAUAUAAGAGAAGAUAACGGGAGUAUGGAGGUCCAGUUGUUAAAGGUUAUAGUGGCGUGAAUGUCUUUGUGAGAGUAAAAACAAUAUGUACUGCACACCUGGAACCCUAUCCACAAAUAGUGCUAAAUCUUUGAGCAGUUGUGAGGGUGCUUCGGUAAAUACAAGCCAGAUGGAACGCUUCUCUGGCUUCUCCAGAUGGUGUAGAAAAUAAGAGAGAAAGACAUGGAGAGGGAGAGAUAGAUGGAGAGGGGGGGGGAGAAAGAGACCGUAAUCUGUCAGUAAACUCACUUCAAAGACUUCAAAUUAACAACGUGCUGAAUUGGAAUUAUGUAAACAAAAUAUGCCUUGAAAACAUGACUACUAAAAUGUGGUUACAGGCAAAGAGAAAGAACAAUGCUGCGUCUUUCUUUUCUGCCAUGAGUGGCAUAUUCAGUACAGCAAUAUCACAAUUUAAGCAAAAUCCCAUAUUUUAAUCCUAAAAAUAACACAUCUAAAGUGUGCUUAGGAAUCUUCAAAAUAUCACCAAGCACUGCUUCCCCAUUUCAGGGGCUUCAAACGAAUCACCUUUCGGCGAAUUGUUUUGAAUCCAAAAUAGGUGACCAGGCAGCGCGUUCCCUGGCCUGAAAGGGUAUCGAAGAGGUAGGUGAGAAACCUGACCAUGGAGACCGGGGUGAGAAGGUGAUGAAGCAUACCUUCAUGAGCAGUAACUGAAAACCAACUGGCAUUUGGAAAGUUCGAGGUGAGGGAGAAAGUGUGGUGGAACAAGUAUUGUUAGAAUUGUUAAGUAUCAUGCUAGCGUUAGCUGGAUCGAAUGAUCCUUUAGAAAGCCAGAGAAAUGUUGAGCAACAUUAGCCAAUUUAACUGCUCAAAUAAUUGUUUUUAUGGUGUGAAAAUUAGCUGGCUAAUAAAGUCAGACAACGCUACAUCAGAUGAGCUAACGUUAGUAACCUAACCAAUUCGUUAUACGACUCCUUGCCGAUCUCCAAGUUAUCUUCGAGUUAGUUGCUUACUGGACCCUGGCAAUCUGUGUGAAAUGUUAACUAGAUUACAAACGAACUACUAUAUGUGAACUAAUGUUUUCCCUCUACCAGUAUGUGGUUAAUUUUCAGAAUGAGAGAAUCGGGUGAAAAGGAGGCGUUGCUUGUUAAAUAAACAGUUAAAUGGGUCUGCAGCUGGGGACUGGCUUAAGAUGGAUGCCACUAUAUAGAGGUGAAGGGAACACCACACACACUACCUCGUUCUCACUUGUUCAAUGCAGAUACAAAGGGGGUAUGCCAGGUGUACUCUCUGCCUGAAAGAGAUCAAUUAUGCCAACAAAUUGUAUCAUUCUCUGCUGACCCUCUGCUGGCACAUUGCAGAACAGAUGUCCUCAGGCAGAAAGUGUACAAUGUAAUGAUAUGCAGUGUAGACCAAAGAUAUUGCCUUUGUUGUGUUGAACUUGACUGUAUCACUUGUGUGUGGGUGAGGGGGGAUUAUUCAAUGUUUGACUCGGUGAAUGUUAUUUUUGCACACCUGUAGCCUUGUGCACUUCAAUGAUCUAUGUCUACUCUGAUUCAGAGGGGUUGGGUUAAAUGCAGAAGACACAUUUCAGUUGAAUGCAUUGAGUUGUACAACUGACUAGGUAUCCCCCUUUCCCUACUAUAGUGGCCACUAUAAUUGAGCAAAAAUAGAAUGCCUGUUCGUUUCAUUUUAUUUCUCCUUAAGCUAGCUCCCUAGUAGUGCAGCGGUCUAAGGCACUGCAUCUCAGUGCUAGAGUCACUACAGUCACCCUGGUUCAACUCCAGGCUUUAAUUAACACAACCAGCCGUGUUUGGGAAUCCCAUCGGGUGGCGCACAAUCGGCCCAGUGUUGUCCAGGGUUUGGCCGGUGUAGGUCGCCAUUGUAAAUAAGAAUUUGUUCUGAGCACACUUGCCUAGUUAAAUAAAAAAUAUUGUUUUUUCCCCCAAGUGUAAUAUUUAGAUGUGUGUGGUCACAAGCAUUCUAUUAGAGGCUGUCAUGGCUACCUGCAAUAUUAGUGUAUUGUUUUUUCCUCAAGACUUGAGUGUCAUUUGCAGUAAAGUCUAGGCAACAAAUAACAUUGGAUUGCUUUCUUUACAUUUUGUAGCUGUGAGUUGGGUUCACAUUAACCACUUUUUAUUUUACACACCGAGACUGAUCAUGUAGAUCAUAUUCUUUGUUGUUUAAUUAUUCAAAACCUGUAUUUUACCCUGUAGGGAUUUUUUGCAUGUUUCAGUGCAAAACAAAAGUGUCGCCUGUUUUGGGACCUCACCAGUUUGCACCCUUGCCCAUUAACGGCCAGCACAAUGGAUACACGUGACUGGAACAAGGGGUCCAGUGUUUCCGAAAAGUGCCAGGAGUGAUUGACAUUGAGUUUCCAAAUGAACAUACCCACUAUGGGCCGUGGUUUAAAGUAAUGCACUAUACAGGGGAUAGGGUGCUAUUUGGGAUGCGUCCCAUAUGACUUGUUGGACACCCUCACUUAUCUACCAUGACAAACAUUUAUUAGCUCUAACCAUGUUAUGCCCAUUCCCCUUAUAGAGAGAACAAGAGAACAAUAGAGAGAGGGAGAAAGAAAGAAAGAAAGAAGUAUGUGCUAAAAACAGAACCACAUCUGCCAUUAUGCCGGUACUGGCUGGUCAUCUUAAAUUGUCCUUAAAAGGGGUACUUAUAAAAACAUGGUACUAUCGAGCAUGUGUCCUAAAUGGAACAUAGGGCCCAAAAGGGUCAAAAGUAGUCUGCUAUAUAGGGAAUAGGGUGCCAUUUGGGACGCAACCCAUGCACUCAUUCACAUCCAGACUGAGGAAUGGAUUACCUAAUGUUUUGAAAAGGGAAAAAAUAGAAUGUGUCAGAUUAGUCACUAGCUGCAUGGAUGCCCAUGUUGUUUGACAGAGACCCAAUAAUUUCCAUCAAUAUUUCGACACUUUUUUGGGCCCCCAUGUAUAAUAUUGUCCAGGUUGUGUUGCUACUGACAACAACGUUCAUUUCCAAGUCACGCAUCUCAAGGUAUGAUGACAACGUUCAUGCUAGAUAUGGUAAAGAGUAGACCGCAGAGUUAUGCGUGGUCAAGAGGGUCCAACGCUCCGCCUCCUGGGGUCGCGUUUUUAUUGUCAACGACCUCCUACUUUGCGGAGCUACUUUGGCUUAGUUUAUUAAUUCGACGAUUUUAAAAACAAGCACACAUAAAACUUGAAAAAGACAAAUAAAAGAAUCGAAGAUAACACACAAUACAGUCUGGGAUUUAUUUCCAUUGUUGUCCUCUUGUGACAUGGUGGUUGGUUAAAAUCACUUGCGCUUUGGAGGGGCAGAGCCAGACCAGACGCAACGAAUGAUAUUGGAUCUUUAAAAAAGUGAAAAAACAAAAGGCACCGCACUGCUGUGCUGAGAUUCAUUGGUGUUCAUUGCAAAUAUAGCGCCAGCCAGUGCAUCGGUUAGACGCACAAUAACGGCAUAUUUGGGAUCAGUUUCCACUCCUUUGGGAUAAUGUUUCCCAUUUAAUCUGGAUCAACCACGGGCGGCUGCAUAUGAUUAGAAAACUUUUCCGUUUUAAGAAAAUCCCGGAUGUCUGCCCUGCAAGCGUAAUUGUAUCUCGACAGUCUUGUGAAAGAGAUGCGUAAAAGUGUGGAGUGUUGCUCGUUGUUCAAUCUUCCCAAAUGACCGGCGACCGUUUUUCCACGAACAUGACUGUGUAAAUACUUAGCCUAACAUUAUUUGUUAUUAUUUUAUAGUUUUUAUUUUCUCAUAUCUCCACUGCACUUGAUCGCAAACGAUGCAGGUCCUACUGUUUGCUACGGUUCUUUACUAUAUCGUGAACUUCGUCGGGGCUGAGCCCAACCCAAAAUGCUCGGAGCGGUGCGACGUGAGCACUUGCCCCAGCCCUAGCUGCGCGAUGGGGUACGUUCCAGACCGAUGCAACUGCUGCCUGGUUUGCGCCCAGGGAGAAAGCGACCCAUGCGGGCGCAAAGAUGACCUACCCUGCGGUGAUGGACUCGAAUGCAAGCACCCGGCCGGAAAGCGGCUAGCCAAGGGCUUUUGUCAGUGCAAAUUGGGUCACAAAGUUUGCGGCAGUGACGGCGUUACCUACGGGAACGUGUGUCAGCUGAAGGCGCAGAGUAGGAAGGCUCUGCAGCAGGGGCUGCCUGCCAUCACCUCCGUCCAGAAGGGACCAUGCGAAAUCAACAAUAACAAAGGUACUUCACACCCCACCAGUCCCAGGUACAAGUUUAACUUCAUCGCUGACGUGGUUGAGAAGAUUGCGCCGGCUGUUGUCCACAUUGAACUUUUCCUCAGGCACCCUCUGUUCGGCCGGAAUGUCCCUCUGUCCAGUGGGUCAGGCUUUGUGAUGUCAGACACAGGUUUGAUAGUGACCAACGCCCAUGUAGUCUCCAGCACCAGGCCUGUGUCGGGCCGUCAGCAGCUCAAGGUCCAGAUGCACAAUGGUGACGUCUACGAAGCGACCAUCAAGGACAUCGAUAAGAAGUCAGACAUCGCCACCAUCAAAGUCAACCCACUGAAAAAGCUCCCGGUGCUUUUGCUAGGACACUCGGCCGACCUUAGACCUGGUGAGUUUGUGGUUGCCAUUGGCAGCCCCUUCGCUCUCCAGAACACGGUUACCACAGGGAUCGUGAGCACUGCACAGAGAGACGGGAAGGAGCUGGGCAUCAGAGACUCUGACAUGGACUAUAUACAGACGGACGCCAUCAUUAACUAUGGAAAUUCAGGCGGACCUCUAGUUAACUUGGACGGGGAGGUGAUCGGUAUCAGUUGUGAUCCAGUUCCUAUUCGUAACACUCUGUUAAGUUGUUUGUCUGACUGCCACCAGGACGGGGAGGUGAUUGGCAUCAACACUCUGAAAGUGGCUGCUGGGAUCUCCUUCGCCAUCCCUUCUGAUAGGAUCACACGCUUCCUCAAGGAAUCAAUGGACAAGCAGAGCAAAGAAGUGAGAUCAUUGAAGAAACGGUUCAUUGGAAUAAGGAUGCUCACCAUCAACCCAGCGCUGGUUGAGGAGCUGAAGCAGCAGAACCCAGACUUCCCUGAUGUCUCUAGUGGGAUCUACGUCCAUGAAGUGGUGCCUCACUCUCCUGCACAGAAAGGUGGUAUCCGAGACGGUGACAUCAUCGUGAAGCUGAACGGCCGUCCUUUGCUGACCACAGCAGAUCUACAAGGGGCGCUCACGGAGGAGACAGCCCUGCUGCUCGAGGUCAGGAGGGGCAACGACGACCUGCUCUUCAACAUCCAGCCUGAUGUCAUUAUGCAGUAACUCAGUAAACAUGAAGACAUUGACCAGGAGUACUGUACUCGAGAUAUAUUUCUAUCGGACCAUUCUGUAAACGUUAGAACGUCACUCAUGAACAUGCUCCCAGCCGUUCAACAUCGAGCCAGGCGACGUCUCCAUGCAGUAAUCACAGCAACCGUGGUGUGGAACCCGUGAGACUGAAAAAGUAUACUGACCAAACAAAACAAAAACUCUGGUUGAGAGCCCUAUACACUGAUAAAGCUGCCCCUAUAGUCACUGACCUAAGAUCAGUUUGUAUUUGUUUUGGGAGGGUAAAACUGAUCCUAACUCAGUGCCUAAAGGGUGACUUUUAACUACUCCGAGCCAAGGGGAGAACGCUCAACAAACAAGUCAAGAAACCGAAAACUGUGUUUGUUGGAACCUUGAUCUGGAAACAACAGAGAGUGACUGACCCUUGCUUGGUAAAUCCAGCCAGAAAACUCUCUGGGGUCUGGAUGCAUUUAGGACUGAAUGUUGGAACGCCCAGUGAAAUGAAACACUUGAUUUUUAGUAUUGUUGUAUUUGUGUUUUGUAUCAUCUGUCUUUGUCAAAGCAUACCAGCUGUUUUUUGAGACUCACUUACUCCCAAUGCAACUGAUCAUUGGUAAGACAAGUUUAGCAUGUAGUUUAAUUCAAAGAUUUGUCCAUUGUUACACUGCUUUUAUGGCCUUUUAAAAAAAUCUGUUGAACAGAACUUAUUUCUGUACAUGCGAGUACAGUAGCUAUGUGUCCAAUGCUUUCCGUUUGAAACCAUUCCAUAAUCAACUGUUAAUGUUGUUUUUGGGUCAGUUAUACUUUGAAAGAAAGACCAGAAUUUGGUCAGAAAUGUUCAGUUGGAAGACCACAUUUUUAUUCAACUGGUAAAAUGUAAGCAAAUGUCUGUUUGAAUCUCACUGUUACUGGAUUCUUGAUGUCUUCUACUAUAACCGACCCAUUGGGAACACUUUACAUGAAUGUCCUAAGGGUUUAUAAAGGGUUUGUAAAGGUGCUAUAAGCAGUUUUAUAAACACUUUACAACAUUGACCUGUGCUUAUAGCAUGAAUAAAUCAAUUCCCUUUACAGUCAGUUACUUAUAUCUUAAUCAUCAUGACUUAAGAACAGAUUGAAUGUUUACAAAUCUGGAUUCCUUUACCAACAGGCUAUGUCAAUGGGAGUGAUUGUUUUAGUUUUUGCUACUUUUUAUAAUGUGUAUAAAAUCAAAUAAAUUGCUGUGUAGGA